UCUACGUGAAGAAUGAACUUGUGAUCCCGUUGAGAAAACACAAACAAGAGGGAAGUGACAGGACGACAAGGACGUGGUUUACUUGCCUUGUGGAGAUGAGGAGGAGGAAAAAAUACUAAAGAAAACGAAAGGCAAGGAAGUGAGGACAAGAUAAGAGAUGGAGAGGAGGAAAAGAUGAUGAACGACUUUAGAUCAAGGCAGUGAUUGUUGUGAGAGAGACUGUUACUGCUCAACAUUCCAGUCACAGAUCCGAGUACCAUGCAUCAGGACCUGGAAUGGCGGAGCAGGAAUACUGGAACAUCCUGGAAUUAACACUGGCCAGAUCAGAUGAGGGACGAUGGAGGGCAGGACAAGCACCCAGGCAACCAGUGGUGACCAGGCGUUCAAUGCCAACAUGCGUCCAGAGCCUGAUACCAAGAGCAAGUCUGCUUUGAUACUGGAGGACAUAGCUGAGAUGGACAAGGCAGUGUUCGCAUGUGGGGAGGACAACAACCACAGCACUGCACUAGCGAGCGACGCACCAUCUCCAGUACAGCUGAUGCAGGAUAGUGGGGUGUCCUGUCACUUGUGCAAGAAGAUGUACAAGAAUAAAGGCAGCCUGGCCACACACCUGAGAGUCAAGCACAAGAUGAGUGGCAACACCCGGGCCAAGAUGCCGUGUCUGGAGGUUGGGUGUGACUACCGGGGGAACCGCAUUGCCCGCCUCAUCACCCACCUCAUCCAGGAGCACAAGAUGAAGUUUCAUUGUGAGAAAGUAACGUUCCAGAAGAAAGAGGAUUUUUGGAAGUGGCGGAAGGAGGCGGAGGAGAGAUGCCGCUCCUCAUACUGUGCCGAGACCUCUGCCAAAACAAUGGUGUCCGGUGACGUCAAGUUCUUCCUGCGGUGUCGGCGCAGUGGCUAUGUGAAGUGCCACUCGAGGGGAACCCUGGCACGGGGAGUCCGAAAGGGGAGUGUCAAGAUCAACGCUGUGUGCACAUCCUUCAUGGAGGUGACCUUUGGCAUGGAGGGGGGCGCCACAGUCCACUUCUGCAGGACACAUUACGGCCAUGCAGAUGAUGGCCAGCACUUACGGAUGAACGCUGAGGAACGAGAGACCAUCCGGCAGUUAAUCCUGGAGGGGCAGACCGCGUCAUCCAUAAUCACCACCAUGAAGACAAAAAUGCCACAGCACCGCCACCACCUCCUCAAGUACGCCAAUAUCCGUAACAUAUCCAUCCGGCAGAACUUCCAGACUCAUGGUAAGGGGUUGGCAGAGGGUGACCAAGACCAGGAAGCAUUUCCGGAUGUAGUCAUGAGUGAAGCAGAUCAGAACUCCCCCACCUUGCAAGUGGAGAAAGAGGUGGAGGUGGAGGCAAUAGAUAGAGAGUCCCCUGAUACUCCAGAGAUUUUAGAUCACAUCCAGGCAUGCAGUUUGGAAAGGCUUCAAGCGGAGGUGAAGACGAAGGUUGAGAAAGUUUUGCACCUAUCUUCCACUGUGACAUCGGAGGAUACUCUCAAGUAUGUCAGUGAAAAUCUCGACUUCCUGAUUGACAUGCUGGAAAGUUGUAAAGACAUUGAGGUGAUUCCUGACUCCAGCGAGCCAUCAGAGGACACUGGGCAGAAUGUGGUGCUGCAUAAGGAUAUUGAUGGAAACACACACCUGCUCCUUUGCUCAUCCAAGAGUAUUGAUGACCUGAUGUGUAAAAAGAAAGAUGCAGUGUGAAGUGGGGAUGUUUUUAUUUCCAUUUAUUUUUUACAAAGGGAAAGAUGCAAUUUGAAGGAGAAUCUGACUCACAAAAAGAGAGAGAGACUGAAAUGUCAUGUUUUGUAUUAUUUUUUAUUUAUUUAUUUAUUCAUUUUAUUUAUUUAUUUAUUUAUUUAUUUUUAUUUAUUUAUUUAUUUUUUUACAAAGGGAAAGAUGCAGUUUGAAGAAGAAUCUGACUCACAAAAAGGGAGAGAAUGUGAAAUAUGAUGUUUUAUAAUGAUUUUUUAUUUAUUUAUUUACUUUUUUUUACAAAGGGAAAGAUGCAAUUUGAAGGACACUCUUAUCCUCACAAAAAGGAAAUAAAUGUGAUAUACAGGUCUUUUUUACUCAUUUGCCUCAGUUCCUAAGAGCAAUAAAGCCAGAACAUUUA